AUGGUACAGGGCGUCUGCGGUGUCUCAGCAGCAUUCAUAUCGUCAGUUGCAUACGGCCCCAUUGGCAGCAUCGCCUUCGCCAUAGGCUCUUCGGUUGGCUGGAUUGCUGCCGCGAUAUAUGGCUGGCGUACCUCUGUGGCACAUUCGUUGAUCGCCUUCGACAACUAUCCCAAGCUCAUGCUGAUGCAUAUGAUACGGAGCUUUCGACUCAUGGGACUUGAGCGCGUCAAAUUGGAUUCUCCCGAGGAAGUUGCGAGAUUUAGAUCCAGGCUGGUGAACGAGAUCAUGUACAAGAGCAUGCUCGUUGGUGCGUAUGAGACUGCUGCGCCAUUGAUUGAUGAGAUUGAAGCUAGGAGAGAAGCAAAGGUGAUUGCAGAAUUAGCGGGCGAAGAAGAAUGA